AUGCCGCUGGCGCUCGCGCAGCUGCAGGACCUGCGGGACCGCAUCUCCGACCGCCUCCGCCCAUGGAGCCGCUCCGCGCAGUUCUGGGUCCGCGCUGCGGACAUCUACACCAGCUACAAGGUGUGCCAGCUGCGGGCGGGGUUCGCGAAGGAUGAGGACGAGCGGGAGGCCAUGUGGGAGCAGCAGCACGAGCUCGGCUCGCAGAAGAUGUACUCCCUCUGCUCCGAGCUCGGCGGUCUGUUCCUCAAGGCUGCUCAAAUUCUGGGAAAACCUGACCUGGCACCGAUGGCUUGGGUGAAGAGACUUGUCACGCUGUGUGAUCAGGCCCCAGCCACGCCAUUUAUAGUGGUUAGAGAUGUUGUGGAGAAGCAGUUCGGGAAGAACUUCGAUGACAUAUUCGAAUUCUUCGAUGUCGAGCCUGUUGGGUCUGCUUCUAUUGCACAGGUGCAUCGAGCAAGGCUUAAAUUAUCAAAGACAGACGUUGCUGUCAAGGUUCAACAUCCAGGAGCCGAACAUCUGAUUAUGGUUGAUAUUCGGAAUAUGCAAGCAAUGGCCUUGUUUCUGCAGAAGUAUGACAUCAACUUUGAUCUAUUCUCUGCCACCAAAGAGAUGGAAAAGCAGAUAUGCUAUGAGUUUGACUUUGUGCGUGAAGCAAGAGCAAUGGAAAGAAUACGAGAAUUCCUACGUGUCACCAAUAAGAAACCUCCAGUUACGGUGCCUCGUCUGAUUCCUGGGAUGGUUAGCAGAGAAGUUUUGGUAAUGGAAUUCAUCAAAGGGACCCCAAUAAUGAAUCUUGGCAAUGAAAUGGCUAAAAAGGGCAUAGAUCCUGGUGGUAAGAUUGCAGCAAUGGCAAAGCAGAAGAUUUUGUCAGAUCUUACUCUUGCAUAUGGUCAAAUGAUCUUGAAGGAUGGCUUUUUCCAUGCGGAUCCACACCCAGGAAACAUCCUUAUCUGUAAGGACACAGAGGUGGCUUUACUUGAUUAUGGACAAGUAAAAAAAAUGCCAGAAGAUUUGCGGCUUGCUUAUGCAAAUCUUGUAGUUGCAAUGGCUGAUGAUGAUUUCUUGAGGGCUGAGGAAAGUUUCAGGGAGCUCGGUAUCCGAACAUGGGCCAUAUCUGAUAACAAGCUAGAAGAAUUGUUUCAAUUAUCCCUGCGAAUGUUUGAUACAAGAUUACCACCAGGUGUAACUGUUAUGUCACCUUUUGCCGAUGAUUCUUCGCUUCAUAAAAUUGGAGUGGAGAGCUUCCCGGAAGAGCUAUUUUCAGCGCUUCGAACAAUUCAACUUUUGCGAGGGCUGACUGUAGGGAUGGGCCUUACAUUCUCGUGCGCUAAGCAUUGGAGACCAAUCGCUGAGGAAGCAUUGUUAAAAGCUGGAAGACAGAGCGGUAAAUGUGUUUUUAGUCUGCAUAAUUUGUCUGUACCCUUCAAAAUCAAGAAAGCAAAAGAGAAGUUUUCUCAGGAGACUGUUUUGGUGAAGUAG